AUGGUGGAGUGUACUGUGUACGAAAGCGUGCGGGCAGAUGAUCGGGCUAAAGCAAGCUUCACGACUCAAGGGCGAAGCACAUCUCUCGGAUCAUCGUACGGAAAAGAGCAGAUCGAGUCGAAGCAGCAGGUCUGGCCGGAAAUAGACUCGGCGAUGAGGCGGAAUGGCUACCGACUGACAGGACAGGACAGGACAGGACAGGACAGGACAGGACAGGACAGGACAGGACAGGACAGGACAGGCACAGGCACAGGCACAGGCACAGGCACAGGCACAGGCGCAGGUGUCUGCCGUUUAUCACAGAUCUCGCAAGAGGAAGAGGCGCCGAACUCACAUGAUGGCGCCGCAGAUCCUUGCUGCCAACCUACACGCCCGGCACCCGCAACCCUCGACACCGUGAUCCGAUCGCAGCGCAGCGCAGCGCUGCAAGCCCAUUGCAGUAUUGCCGCCCGCCCGCCCGCCCGCCGGCUAUCUCGCUGCUCCCUGUUCCUGGACGGCAUCGCCCUCCGAGGAGCCCUCCUGGCCACUCGUCCUGCAAACGGGCAUUUUAGCUUUCGUCUGCUCCCAGCUCCCGGCCUGCUGGCUCCAUACCCAGAUAGCUCGUUGCAGCCGUCAAAGAGACCACCUUACGCAGUAGGCCCUCCUCCCUCCAACAGCCACGACCCGCGCGCGCCGCCACCAGUACCACACUUCCAGCAGCAUCACCAGCAGCACCAGCAGCACCAGCAUCCACACGGCCCUCCACCACCGCCGCCGCCGCCGCCGCCGCCGCCGCCGCCGCCGCAGCACCAGCAGCACCAGCAGCACCCUCAGGGCCAUCCGCCGCCCGCACAGGCUCAGGCGCAACAACCACCAGCGCAGCAUUACCAGCAGUAUCAGCAUCCAGCGUCCUACCCGCCGCCGCACUCGGGCGCAAACACCAUUCCUGACAAAGGACCAGCGCUGCCGCCCAUCCAGUCGGCGGCGUAUGCUCCUCCUGGCUCUUCGGCAGAGCAGCAGCAACCUCUGCCUUCCUUCAGACAGCCCUCUGCGCCGCCGUCCCACGACCCGCGCGAACCUGCACCGCAAUAUCAUCCAGAUCCAUACCACAAUCGCUCCGGCCAUGCCACACCGGCACCCGUGAACAGGUCAUACUCUCACGAUUCUGGGCAACAACGCACGCCCGCAACGCCGACUGCUCCACCUCCACUCUCUCACCAACAAGGACCAGAAGGCGCGCAACAGGCGCCGCCCGGUCCUCCACCUCACUCCCAGCCCAUGGAGCAUGGGCACCCGCAGUAUCCACCGCCUACCAAUGGCGUCCAACAUCAUGGCUUGCCACAUCCACAGUAUGCCAUGACGCCCAUGAUGGAACAGCACCACUCGUAUCCGCCACCAGGACAGCCGAUGUACCAACCUCAACAGACUUACGGGCCAGCGUCAGCCAACAUGUACGGUCAGAAACGGAAGCAAAUGCGUGCGACGCAGAGAUACGCCACCCGCCAAUCUAAUUACACAGUGGGUGGCGCUGAAAACGAGGUCUCGGGCGCCGAAAAUGAAAGAAUGAUCGAAGAUGCCCCGCGGCCAAACCGAAAAGCAGACUGGGACGACCAUCGCACAGCGCCGCAUAAGUUGCUUCUACUGUGGCCGAGUGUCCGGCCUCUUCUUCGAACGGCAGGAGUCGAGCACAAUGACGGAUAUGUCAUGGAGGCCGAAGACCGAGGCGUGCUCAGAUUAUGGACUCGUGGCGAAGGAAUCGAUGAGAACGAUGGCACGCAGCCUGGUGGACCUGCAAGUCCUGCUCGAAGCGACGAAAGUGGCGAAGCAGGCAACGCUGCGACACCACAAGCUGAUGGAAUUUGGGGCAUAGGUUUUCCAUCGACACCGAGUAGCGACAGGAGAUCGGAACCUUGCGGCGCCGGUGGUCUUAAAGCGAACGGCGAAGUCGACCUGGACGCGAGCACAGUCAACAUGCUCUACGACAGCUACAUGCGCAACCUGCACAUCAUGCAUCCUUUCCUCGACAAGAAGCGAUUGCGAAAGAUGUUCGACAACUUCAUCAAACGCUACAGCACUGGAAGGCCUCGUGCAGCCUUUGCUGUGGGGAAUGAUUACUCAGAGCGACCACUGAAGCGACAGCGAUCCAAUGGUUCGACGGCGAACAUUCCUGGUACUGGCUCCGAUGGCGAGACGAGACGGGAGCCAACUGAGCGCUCGCCUGGAAAUGCAAUCAUCUACCUUGUACUGGCCUUGGGCAAGAUUUGCAUGCACAAGAAUCCUCUUCCUCCCCCAGUGCCAGACAGCAAAUUGCAGUCCAACAGCUACGUCGCGCACGAAAUUCGUGGCAUGACAGCCUGUUCCCCAGUAUCUGUGAACAUCAAACCGUCCCCAAUGUCACCGAAAUCUACACCGACCACGCAGCCCACGCCUCCCUCGGAGGCGAAUCUACGCAUGCACGAUGCUCGAAGUCGACGCUCAUCAGUAGAUGGAUCGCCGAGUUCUACACCAGGGCCGAGAAAUCUGGAUGUUGUGCCAGGUAUCGCCUACUAUGCCAAAGCUGCUGAGAUCCUCGGUGACCAGGGCGAUGGUAACGACCUCGUUCACGCUCAAAUGUUCCUCCUCGCAGGUCUUUACAAAGGCCAACUUGCCCGAGUCAAGGAGAGUAUGAGCUGGAUCACCAUGGCUGGGCGCGCUUGUCGCAUCUUGCUAGAUCGGUACAAGUUGUACAACGACACAUACUGGGGCGAAUACGGUGGACUUCGCGCGACCUACAUGAGCUCGCAAGCGCGUAUCAAGGAUACGCGACAAAGUUUGAUCGUCCUUGCCUCCUGGACGUGCCUGCAGUUGGAAAGCGACAUCCUUGCAGAACUGCGGCUGCCCGAUAGUGGAAUUCAGAAAGUGGAGUCUUUGCUAUUGAUGCCGCACAAGAUCAAUGACAACGAGACAUACGUUGGCCUCGAAACAGAUGGUCAGCCGGAAGACUACAACAACAUUCUAAUCUUCUACUCGGCGCAGAUGUUCAUCCGACGAAGACUGAACCAAGUGCACCGAGAAAUGUACGGCAAAGACUCUCUCGAUCAGCCACUCCUAGCCGUGCAGAACAUGCUCAAUGAGCACGAGAAUAUCCUGGUGCAGUGGAGGAACGGUUUGCCGGACUUCCUGGCAUGGAACGAUGACGAUCCACCGCCUCAAGACAUCCUCUCAGCGCGCCUACGGGCCAAGUACUGGGGAGCGCGCUACGUUAUCAACCGGCCAUUCCUCGAUUACGCGCUACACAUAAUGCCGCACGUUCGCGACGGACAGACCGUUGAAUCGGUCGCAAGAGACGGCUACGGCAAUCCACGCGACAAGGCCGACAUUCAUCUAUUCAAAGCGAUCGAACAGCUGGGCGAGCGCCAAGUCUGGCAGGCUGCGAAACGUUGCAUCGAUGCUGCAAUGCAUAGUACCGUUGCGUUUGACGGCGUUCCGGAUCGCUUGAUCGUCACCAACAUUCACGGCACGGCACAUGCUCAAUUUGGCAAUAUGCUUGUGCUGUCCGCUGUCUACAACAGCGAGUAUAUGAAGACACUGGUUCCAGAACACAAGUUCAAGAGACUUCUACAACGAACGAUCGGUUUCCUGCGAAGACUGUCGCCGAUUUCGCCGACGUGCUCGGCGGAUUGCGUGAUUCUCGAGAAGUUCCAGCAUACUCUGUUCGGAGUCGGCGAGGAAUUGAAAGGCGUCUACGCGAACGAAGGCGUGGAGCCGAUGAGUGCCUCGAAUUCCUUUAGUGCUCCUAGUAGCUGAUCUCCAACGGUUCUGCGACAAGUUCUCGUGACGAAGAUGCUGUCCUCCGUCAUCCCCUGUUGCAAAGCUAUCCGGCCCUGCGCAAUACCGAAUUAUGGCCGAGCCAGGAAACCUCGACAUGUCAGCAUCAGCAUGUCUGGAUGAGAUGGCGGAGUCCACGCUCCGAAAGUCGAAGGACAAAUCUGCACCGGCGCAUUCCAGGAUCAUUGCACGAGGUGUCGCCGAUGAAUGUACCUCAUCGGCCAAAGACUACAACUCUGGACGCGCUCCGAUCCACUUAUGAGACAGGUCAUAUAUUGGCCACCACACACAUCUCACCUGCGAUGCAGCGCCGGCAAUCGCGGCUUUUUCUAUGACGUUUUGCAUUAUUGACGGCGUUUCAACAACCAGGGCGGCAUUAUCAGAUGUCGAACCAUUUAUGGGUAUGUGGUCAACAUCUAUGGGAGGCUAGCGCUGUAAUCUUUCAUUCACUUUUUCUCUUGUUGUAAAGCAUCGAUUUCACUCGCAAAGCGAUAUACCAGGCUCUCUAUAUGCCAUUGCGCCGGGCGGCUUGGGUUCUGUUUUACCAAGCCUGGUCCGACAGGAGGGACCAUGGAUUGGGGAGAAGGGAGAGGAUUCUUUGACGUUUUUGUUGUUGCAAACGAAGGAACCCGAUCCUCACGAAGGGAAACGGCCGCGCAACAAUGUGGAUUGUACAGUAUUAAGGACGAGCUUUUAGCAAUGGUAACCAGACAGGCGAGAAUGUAGUGCGCAGUAUCUGAGACGUGACUCUUCC